UGUUCUAUGUUAACAUUAUACCUUAGCCACUUUCUUCAAUUUCAAUUCCUCCAAAUCAUCUUUAUGAAACAGGAGUUUUUGUCUAUAUAUAUUGAAACAACAAUUUAGUACUAACAUUUUUGUUGUUCCAUUUUGUCACAUACAUAAACAUAUGGAUUUUGUUCAUGGAUUGUUUAUUCUAUGUAUUACCUUAAUACUUAUCAACCAUAAUUUGAAAAAUGUGGAAGGAAGGAGCCACUUUCAUAAGGAAAAGAAAGUAACUUCCCCUAUUCCUUCUGAGUCUUCCAAUUCUUCUCCUAGUGUUCCUUCUGAUCCUUAUCCGAACGAUCCUCGCGAUUCGUCUUCGGACUGUGUUUUCGAUGUGAGAUACUUUAGAGCAGUUGGAGAUGGUUUAGCUGAUGACACACCAGCAUUCAAGAAAGCAUGGAAAGAAGCCUGUGCUGUUGAGUCAGGGACUAUUCUUGUUCCGGAAAAUUACACUUUCAAAAUCACUUCAACUAUUUUUUCAGGUCCAUGCAAACCAGGAUUAGUCUUUCAAGUGGAUGGUGUGCUAAUAGCACCGGAUGGACCUGAUUCAUGGCCAGAAGCUGAUAGCAGAAAUCAAUGGCUUGUGUUUUAUAAACUUGACCAAAUGAGUCUUAAUGGUACAGGAACCAUAGAAGGCAAUGGAGAUCAAUGGUGGGAUCUUCCCUGCAAACCUCAUAGGGGACCAGAUGGAAAAACUUUAUCAGGGCCAUGUGGUAGUCCAGCUAUGAUACGGUUCUUCAUGAGCUCCAAUUUGAUGGUGAGUGGACUGCAAAUUCAAAACAGUCCUCAGUUCCACAUGAAAUUUGAUGGAUGCCAAGGUGUAAUGAUUGAUAGGUUAUCCAUUUCUGCACCUAAACUUAGCCCAAACACUGACGGAAUCCAUGUCGAAAACUCACAAGAUGUUGGGAUAUACAACUCCUUAAUAAGCAAUGGUGAUGAUUGUAUCUCAAUUGGACCCGGGACUUCCAAUGUUGAAAUAGCUGGUGUAACUUGUGGUCCUAGCCACGGGAUUAGCAUAGGAAGCCUUGGUGUACACAAUUCACAAGCAUGUGUGUCAAACUUAACAGUCCGAGACACAGUGAUAAGAGAAUCAGACAAUGGACUAAGAAUAAAGACAUGGCAGGGUGGAAUGGGAUCAGUGUCAAAUUUAAAAUUCGAGAACAUACAAAUGGAAAACGUAGGAAACUGCAUCCUUAUAGACCAAUACUAUUGUUUGACAAAGGAGUGUUUAAACCAAACAUCAGCUGUUCAUGUGAAUGAUGUGUCGUAUAAAAACAUUAAGGGUACUUAUGAUGUUAGAACUGCUCCUAUUCAUUUUGCUUGCAGUGACACUGUUGCUUGCACAAACAUAACACUUUCUGAGGUUGAGCUUUUGCCAUUUGAAGGUGAGUUGUUGGAUGAUCCUUUUUGUUGGAAUGCUUAUGGUGUUCAAGAGACAUUGACUAUACCUCCAAUUGGAUGUUUAAGGGAAGGUGACCCUGAGGCUGUGGGUGAUCUUUCUACAUAUCAAUGUAGUAAUUAGUUAAUGAUAUUGAUCUAUAUUUGAUGUCUUAGGUAGAAGGUAUGUUAUAGUAUUACCUAGGUAUAGAGUCCUAUAAUAUCCAUUAUAUGUUUUUGAUGUAUGCCUCUUAGGAUUCGUCCCUAUUUGGGUGUAUUUUCCCAUAGUGAGUGAUGAGUUUCUGAAUUGGUUCAAUUUUUUUGGACCUAGAUUGUGAAAGCCUGAUUCAACAUUUAUAUAUUAUGCGGCUGAAAUUGUAUAUGUUUUUU